AUGGCGCCUCUCAUUCCUCGCUUGCAUCUCCUCGAGAUCGAUGACCAGCCAUGGUUCCCUUCAUUUCUACGCAACCUCGUCCAGGAUGCUCUCACUUUAGCGUGGAACUCCAACACGCCUCUUCAACCCGAAUCUCCCGCUCGUAUCGCCGCAUCUACCCUUAUUCGCCAACUUGGAAGCUCGCUCUCUUCUUAUACAUUCAUUGACUUCUGUGCCGGUGGAGGCGGGCCUACACCUGAGAUGCAGCGGGCCAUCAACAGCCAUCUCAGCGCUCAAAACAAGCCUCCAGUCGACUUUAUCCUAACCGACUUACACCCAAAUAUCGCAGCCUGGCAGAAAAUCGUCAAGAAAUCACCGCGAAUUAUGUAUGAGAGCCAAUCUGUGGAUGCGAGCAACGCUCCAAAGUAUCUAAUGGAGCGCCAGGACGGAAAGAAAGUGAUGAGGCUGUUCAACCUGUCCUUUCACCACUUUGAUGAUGACAUGGCAAAACACAUUCUGAAAGACACAGUCAACACGAGUCAUGGGUUCGCCAUAGUUGAGCUUCAAGGCCGUAGCCUCUCAAGUGCGAUUAGCGUAUUGAUGCUGGGAGUCGGGGCAGUAGCCAUGGCGCCAUUCGUGGCCUGGAAGCGGAAGUCUCUGACCAUAUUCAUAUUCGCUUGCAUAAUUCCAGUACUUCCUUUUGUUCUUGUAUUCGAUGGACUGGUUUCCUGUCUGAGGACAAGGACACCAGAGGAAGUAGAGAGUCUCCUUCGAGGAUGUGGUACGGACACUAGCUCAUGGGAGAUGCAGAGUGGGAGACGCAAGUUUAUUUGGCCUUGUGGAUAUCUUCAUUGGGUCAUUUGUAAACCCAUCGAAGGGUCUUGA